CUUCAUUAAAAUAAUAUAUGAAUAUACCGUUGAGGUUUUUGUUCAGAGGAUAGGCCUAUUCUUUGUUAUUUUAUUGUUUGACACUGAAUGCGCGAAAGAUUCGUUCAUGCAUAACGAUACCAAACCAUUGCUCUCUCUGACGUGAUGCCCAGGUCAGCUGGCUAGGACUAUAUUGCGGGUACAUGACGUCUUUCUACAUAACAACGUUGCUAGUAAAAUGCUCGUGUUGGAGAAAUCCGCGGAGACACUUGUAUCAAUCAUACAAAAGCACCGAGUCAGAGUUGGUCUACUGCCACUUUAAGGUGUUUAGUUUUUGCAGUACUGAUUGCUGUAUAAAUUUGUCACCAAACCUUCGUUGUCAAAAUAUCAGUAGUGGGAAACUGUUUUGUUGGCAUGAUCCAGACUUCUACCAUGGGAGCAUUUGACAACGAGACGGGCGGGAGGUCAUCGGCUCUGGUGGCGGUCCGGUCUUCGUUCAUGGCUAUCAUCAUGCUGUCGGCUAUACUUGGAAACGCUUUGGUCCUACUAGCCCUGGCAAACUACCGGAUUCUACGCAGCAAGACCACCGCGUUCAUCGUCAAUUUAGCGGUGGCCGACUUGGCUAUCGGCCUGACGGGUAUGCCGCUCAUCCUCGGCUCCAGCAUCGCCGAUCGCUGGAUCGCUGGCGAGGCUUACUGCACCGUAAACGGUAUUACAAACGUGAUAUUCUGCGCGGCCAGCAUGCUGACUCUAGCGGGGAUCGCCCUGGAUCGCUACUUUGCCAUCGUGCACCCGUUCCGCUACCUGGAGUUCAUGUCGUCGCGCCGUGUGGCCGUGAUUGUUGGCUGGGUCUGGCUGGAGCCGCUCGCCCUGGGUAUGCUGCCUGUGGUCACGUCCUGGUCCAACUACAAGUACUUCCACAACGAGUACAUCUGCACUAUUGAUUGGGGUUACAGUGCCAGUUUCUCCUGCACCGUCUUUGCUGUGGGUUUCUUCGUUCCUCUCGCCAUCAUGUGUUUCUGUUACUUCCACAUCCUGAUGGUGGCCCGCAAACACUCUCGGAAGAUUAUCGCCAUGGAGGCUCUGGGUUCUAGCGAGUGGGCCGUGGCGACCCGUCGGGCCAGGCAGCUCAAGCGAGACGCCAAGGCGGCCUUCAUGCUUCUCAUCCUCAUCGGUAACUUCAUGGCCUGCUGGCUGCCUCAUUUCGUCGGCAUCUUGUGUUUGGUCUUCACCAGGGGCGAGUGCCCGUUCUCGGACGCUGUGUUCACGACGACCACCUGGCUUGCCAUGGCCAUCGGGCUGAACCCCGUCAUCUACGGCUUGUUGGACAGGCGGCUACGACAAGCUGUGGGUCUGAUCCUACGGUGCAAGAUGAGCCAAAGGCUGCAUAGUCCCACCCAUUUGGCGACAACCAGACAAUCACAAGCAAUGGAUACUGGCAGACCUAGAGAACCUUGAUAACGGCCUGGGCCCUAUUGACCACAUUGUUUUAUAAUAAUUUAAGAUGAGAGAGUGGAAUGUAUCAAGAAAAAUAGUCUACUAAUGAUCAACUAAAUUUGCUGAACGCUUCUGCGGAUUAGGCCGAAACAUAAGGCUAAAUCCACAGGGAGCACACAUUACUUAAAAAAGGAACCAGACUAUUUUUCCUUUCAGCUUCGCUUUGGUUACGUUGAUUGGAAUGGGUAAAAUCAAGAUGGCCGCAACAUGAUAAUAGUCUAUGACGAGGCCACGCGGCAAUUUCAGCCAUUAUUGUUAGUACAUUUAAAUUAUUUAAAUACCACAUGGGAAGGACCCAAAACAAUGCAAAGUGUAAGGCAUAAUAGUGUAGGGGGAAAAAACUAGAGAGCAUGAAAGAUGAACGAAGAGAAAAAUGCAUAGCGUGAGAGAAAAAAAUAUGUUGUACAAGGAAACUAUUCAUUGCACAAAAACGGUAAUAGUAUUCAAAUUGUUAUUCGUUUAACUAUACACGGCGAGUCAAAAAGAAAUUGACCUUAGUCCGGGUGUCAAACCCCACUUUGGAGGUUGGACCGUGAAUCAGGGUCCGUAAAAUAUGUUAAAUAUGGAAAUUAGCUACCGCUAUAUGGUAAAAUAUAAGUUUUCUAUAUCUCUUCAGGAUUUCGUCCAAACCUAUCAAUCGAGGUGCCUAGACCAUGUUUUUGUGUCUAAUUUAUGUCUUUUAUGCAUAAUAUGCAAAUUAGCAGCCAUUAUCUAACAUUUAACUUCAAUCUAUAUCUCCGCAAGAAUGUUUCCAAUCGCAUCAAACGAGGUAUCUAAGCUCAUGUUCUUAGGGUCAACUAAUGCAUUAAAGCCAUUUCUGCACUGAUUAUGUACAUAUUUUAUGCAUAUUAUGCAAAUUAGCACUCGCUAUUAUCAGAAAUAAUAAUAAAAUCUAUGUAUUUUCUCCGAAGGAAUUUGUCCAAUUGUGUCCAACGAGGUGCCUAA